AUGGCAGCUGAAUUGCAGGCUCUUGAACAAAAUCAUACAUGGACUCUCACCUCACUACCUCAUGGCAAACACGCUAUUGGAAGCCACUGGGUUUACAAAAUCAAGCAUAAAUCAGAUGGCUCCAUUGAGCGCUAUAAGGCGCAGCUGGUAGCCAAAGGCUACACCCAAACUGAAGUUUUGGAUUAUUACGAGACUUUUGCCCCGGUGGCCAAAUUGGUCACUGUUCGAUGUUUAUUAGCAGUGGCUGCUCAUCACACUUGGCCUCUUCAUCAACUAGACAUCCAGAAUGCUUUUCUCCAUGGUGAUUUGGAAGAAGAGGUUUACAUGUUCCCCCCACCUGGCCUUCGUCGACAAGGGGAGCACUUGCUUUGUUGA